GUUGGAGACUGCUGCGCAUGCGCGUUGUAAGUCUACGUCAGCUCUUCUCUAACAACAAGCAUCACCGAGGGCUACGUGGCUUUAGUCGCUCUGUCUACCUCUGACCGCUUCUCGUGUACCACGACCACCGAAACAGCCUCCUCACCAUGGAUCAGGUCAUGCAGUUUGUUGAGCCCAGCCGGCAGUUCGUCAAAGACUCCAUAAGGCUCGUCAAGAGGUGCACCAAGCCCGACAGGAAAGAGUUUCAGAAGAUCGCCAUGGCCACAGCGAUUGGGUUUGCCAUCAUGGGCUUCAUUGGUUUCUUCGUUAAGCUUAUCCACAUCCCCAUCAACAACAUCAUCGUGGGCGGCUAAAUUCUGGUCAAACACAACUUCAGAACUGCGGCAUGGACGGACAGGAGACAGUGGUGUAAAGUGUUAUUGGGGUGGUGGGAUUGGGGAUGUCAUUUUUACAUUCUGUACACAAAAUUUGUACUUGCCUGUGUUAAUAAAUCAUGGAAACCCACAGA